AGAUGGCGGACGGUGCGGAUGGUUCAAGACCUCAGUUUGGAAACCGUCUUCUCUCUGAUCCAACCAAAGUUUUUGAGCAUAAUGCUUGGGACAAUGUGGAAUGGGACAGUGAGCAAGAAAAAGCUGCACAACAGAAGAUCAAUGAAAAUUCUCUUAUUAAACUAGGAGAGGAUGAACAAGCACUGUUUGAAGAAAAAGCUGGUAGCUUCUGGGAUGAAUUUUACUUGCAGCACCAAAACAGGUUUUUCAAAGAUCGCCAUUGGUUAUUCACAGAAUUUCCUGAAUUAUCAGGACCUGUAACUCCAGAUCCCGCACAUAUUUAAUUUCCUCUUUUGCAGGUUGGGUGUGGCGUUGGGAACACAGUUUUUCCAAUAUUGGAGGCCAACAAUGACCCAACUUUAUUUGUAUACUGCUGUGAUUUCUCUUCAAAUGCCAUAAAUUUGGUGAAGGAACACCCAGACUAUAAUAAGGACAGAUGCCAUGCCUUUGUGUGUGAUAUCACAGACAGUACAUUUGUUUUUCCAGUUCCAAAUGAAAGCCUCGACAUCAUAAUUCUCAUUUUCGUUUUGUCAGCAAUUCACCCAGACAAAAUGCAAGCCGUUAUAUGUAGAUUAUCCAAGCUUCUCAAACCAGGUGGACUGAUUGUGUUUCGAGACUACGGUCGAUAUGAUAUGGCUCAGCUCAGGUUUAAGAAAGGAAAAUGUUUGUCAGAUAAUUUUUACGUUCGUGGUGAUGGCACAAGGGUUUACUUUUUCACACAAGACGAGCUUUCCCAAAUGUUCCAAGAGGCUGGCCUUAAUGAAGAACAGAACUAUGUUGACCGUCGACUUCAAGUGAAUCGUGGCCGGCAGCUGAAAAUGUAUCGGAUUUGGAUCCAGUGCAAGUUUAGGAAACCGAGAUGACGAGAAUGGAAAAACUAUGUCUGUAAAUUCCAUGUAAUUCUUGUUAAAGCUUGAAUAUCAUUCAAGACAGUCGAAUAAAUUUGCACAAUUUUAUGAA